AUGCUUAAAAUUCUAGUUUUCCUAUUUUCGGCGGCUCGAGUUAGCCGAACUUCGAAUGUUGGGAAAUUUGAAGUGCCCUAUGAAUACCUGGCGACUCGGAACGCUAUAAACAGAGGAUUUUUGAUGAAAGAUAAUUUUGGAAGUACGAUUCAGGUGAGCGCUGUGCGCAAGUGUAUUCCGCAAGCUUCCGCGUAGCGGCUAAGCCUAGGCUUUAGCUGAAAGUCCGAGCGCUCUGCGCGAGUCUAAACCGCAAGCUUCCGCGCAGCGGCACUGUCUUCCGCGUAGCGGCUAAGCCUAGGGUUUAGCUGAAAGUCCGAGCGCUCUGCGCGAGUCUGAACCGCAAGCUUCCGCGAAGCGGCACUGUCUUCCGCGUAGCGGCUAAGCCUAGGUUCAGUCAUGAGCUCAGAUGUCCUUAGCCCGAGCCUAAACAAGAAUCUAAUUGUAAGCCCAAAUGAGGCAGUCUGGGCUACACACGACCUGCGCCCGAGCCCGAGUCUAAGUCCGAGCCUAAGCCUAGGCCUAUCCCGAUCCAAAUUCCAGGGAGUCUAUGACACCAAUUGCAACGCAACCCGCUGCUUCUUCCCAAUUUUCCUGAAUACCAAUGACAAUAAUUUCGCCUACCAAAUCCUCACCGACACUCCUAGUCAAUGCACAAGUUAUCCAAACUGCCUACUCUUCACCAAAACCCAAUAUCAAAACUAUAGUAUAGUCUUCGGUGAUCCAAGCAUUCAAGAUGAUUUGUCGGAUAAUAGGAAUUACAAUGUUUCAAAAUGCGGUGCUCUCGGAUUCACCAGAGCAAACGGUUUGAAUUGGUGUUUUAGCCUAACUCAAGUAUCGACAGAUCGUGAAGAUGCUGAAAGUAAUUGUGGACUGGAGGGAGAGUUUUUGAAUGGUUUUCAAUUUAUUGAAGAGCAAGAGCACUUUCUGGAAAUUCUGAAUCAGAAAUCCUUGGAGAAUAACACUAUGAUUCACUUGGGAGCUAAACGAGCUUCUGGAGCGACAACUGUGAGUUAAUGUAAGUACUGAUAUACAAAUAUUUUUUUUAGUUUUCCUGGACUUCUAGCACGGUCUCAACAAACAACACAUUGGCCAAUAAUUUGAAAACAUUGCUGGUUAAUGGAAGUGGUGUAAACCUGGUGCUUCGUUUGAUCAAUAAUACAUGGUUGUAUGAUAGUGUUGAGUGAGUUAGGCUAAGUUUUGAGAAAGAAUUCAUUAAAGUAUUGAUUUUUCAGGGAUACAGUACUUGCUUAUUAUAGUUGUGGAUGGUAUGCGAAUUAA